UUUCCACAUUUGUUUAUGAAUUUUCGUAAAAAUUUCAGAGACAAAGGCAGCAACACAGGCCUCUGCAGAAAAGAAGCAGUAGCAUCAGAGAUGCAGUCAUAAUAAGAGCAGAACUCAGAAGAAGAGAGAGAAAGAGAGUGAGCGAGUGAGUGAGUGAGAGGAAGAGAGAGGUUGUGGCAGCGGUGUCAUCAGGGCUAUAAGUUUUAUUUAUUGACAGAAGAAUCUGCAACCAUCUGUUUUUGCAAAAAUACCCCUCAAAAACAAAACAAUGAGCCAAAACAAGAACAAAGCCGCUUACUCUUUGUCUCAGAGAUAUUUAUAAAGCUCAUCUUCCAUCUUUGUUCUUACUUUUCCCCUUCUUCUUUUUUUUUGUUUUCUUUUUUCUUUUUUUCUUUUUGAAUAUUAGUUUAGUUGCCUUUCCUUCUUUUUCCACACUUCAGAAAAUGAUAAGUCCAAACUCAAGUGCAGCACGAAAUAGGUCUCCUUUCACAGCAACACAGUGGCAAGAGCUUGAACACCAAGCUCUUAUCUUCAAGUACAUGGUUUCAGGAGUGCCCAUUCCAUCUGAUCUCAUAUACUCAGUUAAAAGAAGCUUGGACUCCUCAUUCUCUUCAAGACUUUUCUCCCAGCAUCCUACUGGAUGGGGAUGUUUUGAAAUGGGUUUUGGCCGAAAAGUAGACCCGGAGCCCGGAAGGUGCAGAAGAACAGAUGGAAAAAAAUGGAGAUGCUCAAAAGAAGCAUACCCAGACUCCAAAUACUGUGAAAGACAUAUGCAUAGAGGCAGAAAUCGUUCAAGAAAGCCUGUGGAAGUUUCUUCAAAUACUACAACCAUAUUAACAUCAUCAACAACUGCUAUGCCAACCCCAUCUCCGGCCAUUUCAUCUGUCAACCGAAAUCUUCCCGGAACUGGUCCCACUAUCUCUUCCUACUCUCAACUUUCUUCGUCAUCAAUAAUGUCUGAACCCCUUUCCGGCCAUAACCCCUCAGCUUAUCCCUUUGUGUACUCUCAUUCCUCUUCUUCUAGACCUCCCGACUAUGGCUUGUCACCACAGAACAAUACUAGCUCUCCUUACUUCUGCCUGAAACCGGAGCCUGAUAAAGAAUACAGGUAUUUUCAAGGUACGAAGGAAAGCAUGGACGAGCUAGCUUUCUUUCCUGAAUCAUCAGGGAAUGCAAGAAACUUUCCUGACUCAUGUCAUUCCCUAAUGAAUUCUUAUAGAGGCUACUCUCAACACCAGUUCCAAGGCCUUACAGACGAGUCCAAAGAUGCCAUAAAGCAAUCAGCUGAUCAGGACCAGCAGCAUUGUUUCAUAUUGGGAACUGAUUUCAAAUCAGAAAGGGCAACAAAUAAAACUGGGAAAGAAUCAGAAACCCAAAAGCCACUCCACCACUUCUUUGGGGAAUGGCCACCAAAGAACACAGCUGCAGCAGACUCCUGGCUAGACCUUGCAUCAAAUUCUAGAGUACCUAAUGAUGGUUAAAAGUCUCAAAGUCUCAAUAAUGGCUUUUCUCGAUCAAAGGCCAAAAGAGUACUUGGCCUUGGCCCCCCCGCGUGGGUCAGUAUACUUUUUCCAUGUUUGAAAUUGUGGCUAGGGAGGCGUUCUUAGGAUUUUGAUUGAAUAAUGUAGGGCCACCGGAGGAUCCUGUCCUUCUUGCUAUUAUAUACUUAAUAUCUUCAUCCCUCGUAAGAAACAUGUCUGAUAUUUUGAGACUUGCUUGUUUGACCGGAGACAUAAUAUUCUAUGGACUAUUUGCUUCGGGGGCCUCUAGGCUCUAUCUAAA